UAUAAAUUUGAAAUUGGAUAUGUAAUAGAUUUCUCCAGAAGUUGAGUAAUUCUUACAAGAUUCGGUCAAACCAUUACUCGAGUAAAUUGAGGAAUUAAAAUAAAAAGAUUUGCAAAAGGAAGAUCAAAUCAAAUUUCUGACAGGAGAAAUCAGUUAACUCAAAACCUUGGUUUUUACACUUAAACCUCAAGAAGACAAAAGUAUCAUGAUUUAAAUUAUGAUUAGAACAAGGAAAGCAAUAAUAGAAGCAAGAAAAUAUUGGCAAUAAUAAUGGUAAAAAAUGAUUAUAUCUGGAAAAUUAGAUCAUAAAAAGGUUGAUAGACCUUCAACAGGAAUUUAAUAAAAAUAAGAGUAAAAUAAAUAAAAGGAAUAAAAGCCCUAAACUGGAAUGAAAAAUUUAAGCUAAAGUGUAGUAGUUGAUAAAACUACUAAAAAUGAAUCAGAAAUAAGUAAAUUUAUUUUUAUAUUUUAGAUGCUCCAAAAUCUCCAGGAUAAUCUGUUGAAAAACAACCUAAAACUGCAACCUAACAUUAAUAAUAACCAUAAUAAUAAAAAUAAAAACUUGUUAAGUAGCCGGAAUAAAAAGAUUAAAAAGAAACAAAAACUUCUAAUUAAGGUUUAAUUUUAUAUAUGAAUUAGAUCAACCACAAAAAUAAGCUAAUAUUUAAAAAGAUGGAAAAAAGGAUGAGAAAAAAGACGAAAAAAAAGUAGAUUAAAAUAAAACAAAUAAAUAAUCUUAACCAUCUUAGCCUCCUUAAUCAGAUAAACCAAAAGAUCAAUAAAAAGACCAACCAAAAAAAAAUGAUAAACCAUAAGAAUAAAAAUAGAAUGGAGUUUAAAAAAAUGCGAAUACUAAAUAAAAUGAAAAAAAAGUAGAAACUAAACAAGAAGAUAAAAAAAUAGUUAAAAAAAAUUCUAAGCCUGUAGCUUAAUCAGGAAAUUAGCAUUAAACUGAUGAAUAAUUCUAACAACAGUAAGAAAAAGCAUAAGUUUCAUAAGUAUAAAAUUCUGCAGAAAAAUCACCAAAAGAAAAUCAUUCUGAAUAACAUGAAUAAUAAUAAGAGAAUACUUAGGAAAUAGCUAUUCAAUCAGAAUAAAAUUCUUAAACUUAAAAUUAGUAAGAAGGGGAUUAGUUUUAAAAUAAUAUUAAUUAGGAAUUAAAAGAAGAAGAAGAUUUGUUAGCAGAUAAUCUUUAAGAUGAAAAUUAAAAAAGUGAAUCAGCAUAGGUUUAAAAGCAAGAAAUGUUAUGAGUUUAUUAAAAAUAUUUG